CAAAUCUAUCGAAAAUUUCUGAAACUUUCAAAACGUGUGACAUUUUUUUCGAAAUUUGUAAUUUAGCUUGUUAGGGAGUGACGGGGAACUAUAGAAAUCUGCAAAGCACACCAAUUUUGAUAACCUAAAGAAAUAAUCCAAAGGUAAUGUCGAGCUCGAGAGUAAGCGGAACAAUGGCCAGACUGGUACGACUCACCAAACAGAUAAGCAGGACACACUAUGUCAACUAUUCAUCAAUGCCCAGGCCUGCAAUUAGCCAAAAUCCAGUGAGAAGCUGCAACAUAAAACAAACUAUUAUUGCAAGUUCUCGGAAAUUUCAGUAUUUUCGAGGUGAUGAUAAGAACAAGGGCAAGGGAUUUGGCGUGGCCGGGAUUAUAUCUGGUGGGUUUUGCUUGGGGAUUUUAGGAUUCUUUGAAAAGAAGGAGGAACUUACGCCAGAAGAUGAACUAUUGAUCAAGAUUAAGCGAUCGAUUUUAGCAAUUCAGGAAGGGGAAGUGCAAAAGGCAGAACGACACUUGUCUGACGCUUGGAAAAUGAGCACCGAGCUUGAAAGAGAAGACGUCAAGACACAAAUCAUGGACAUCCAGGCGAAUCUGGCCCUACAAAUUGGCGAAUUGGACAAAGCCUUGCGAUUAUUUCAGCUCGUCACGCAAAGAAUGGUUUAUCAUCAAAAUGUCGAAGUAACGGAUAAUAGCGUGGUAGAAAUCAGUAUCAAAUUAGCACAAAUAUUCGCAAUGAAAGGAAACAAGGAAGAAUCUUUGACUGGAUUUCAAUAUUGUGUAGACACUCAGCGUGAAAAGAUCAAACAAGGCGUCAAGGACGAAGACACCCUAAUGCUGGCUGCCUGGGCGCUCCAGAGUCUUGCUCAAGCAUAUAUGACCGAGGGGACUCAGGAGAAUAAAAUUGACCGUGCGAACAUCGCAAUUGCAGCCGAGUACGAGCAUGAAGCUCUUGCUUAUGUUUCUGAAGCGGUGGGACAAGAUUCACAUCAGGCAGUCGUCAUUGCAAGCGAUCUCGCUUCUAUUCUCGCUUUACAAGGAAAUGUGGAUGGUGCCUUAAAACAAUUGGAAGAAUGUGAGAAAAUUGCGGCUGAAAAGUAUCAAUAUCUUCGUGCUGCAAUUCGAGUGAAUACUGGGAGUCUAUAUCUUCAGAAAGGAGAAUACUCAGAGGCUAACAGGGUCUGCAAAGAAGCCAGAAUGAUCGCUGGGAUGUAUAAAGAUCUCGAAUCGGUCAUGCGAGCAGAUGAAUGCAUCUCAAAAUCUAGGGACGAAAUGAGCUCAGAUACGUAUCAGCAGCAACAACAACAAAAUAGAACAUCAACGUCGUGAUAAUCGAUCAAAAAAUAGUAUAGAUAAUUUAUAAUUUCAACGUUAAAUGUCAACUCAACUCAACUAUAAUUGAUCAAUUUUAAGAUUCUUUGUUAAAUCAUGUUCCUAAUUUUACCUUAGUUAGUUUUACUCACAUCCAAAUAGUCGAUUGAGUUAUUUAAUGCGUUUAUUAGUCACUACCUUCUUCGUCCUGUCCGGGUGGCAUAUUAAAUAGAAAAUUCCAAUUAACAAAAUCAUCACAGCGUGACAAUUCAUGGCACCUGUUACAUAACUGAUGACUUACUCCUAACCUAACCCAACCAACAAGUGUCUUCUACACUUAAGUGAUACCUUCCUCCUCACUAUAAAAGGCAGCGUCAUUAAUUUUAAGUUUAGGUAGUUAAAUAAGUCCAAUUUAAAAAUUAGACUUAAUUUAUCACCAUAUUUGUUACUUCUUAUGCGUGGUAAAGAUGGACAAUCCUUUAAUAAAGAAUGGUGCUAAAAUCGAAUUUACGAAUAUGA